UUUCCAGCCAUUGGUGUCUGCGGCCCCUCGGCUCCUCCCCCAGCCCGCCAUGGCGUCAGGCGCCGUGGCCCCGGGGAGGUGGUUCCCGCUUUAAGAAGUGAAGUUUUCCGCCCGCUCCCCUCCCCGCCCCGGUCCCUCCCGCGGCCUCCCGCGUCCCGCGGGGCCGGCGCAUGGAGCUGCGCAGCGGCGGCGGCGUGGGGAGCCAGGCCGUAGGGCGGAGGAUGGAUGGGGACUGCCGAGAUGGCGGCGGCGGCUGCAAGGACGCGGGGUCGGAGGACUACGAGAACCUGCCGACCGGCGCCGCGGUGUCCACGCACAUGACAGCCGGAGCGAUGGCCGGGAUCCUGGAGCACUCGAUCAUGUACCCGGUGGACUCGGUGAAGACACGAAUGCAGAGUUUAAACCCAGAUCCCAAAGCCCAGUACACAAGCAUCUAUGGAGCCCUGAAGAAAAUCAUGAAGACUGAAGGCUUCUGGAGGCCCUUGCGGGGCCUGAACGUGAUGAUGAUGGGUGCGGGGCCGGCCCACGCCAUGUAUUUUGCCUGUUAUGAGAACAUGAAAAGGACUUUAAAUGACGUUUUCAACCACCAAGGAAACAGCCAUCUAGCCAAUGGGAUAGCUGGGAGUAUGGCCACCCUGCUCCACGAUGCGGUAAUGAAUCCUGCAGAAGUGGUGAAGCAGCGCUUACAGAUGUUCAACUCGAAGCACCGGUCAGCCCUCAGCUGCAUCCGGACGGUGUGGAGGACCGAGGGGUUGGGGGCCUUCUACCGGAGUUACACCACGCAGCUGACCAUGAACAUUCCCUUCCAGUCCAUCCACUUCAUCACCUACGAGUUCCUGCAGGAGCAGGUCAACCCUCGCCGGGACUACAACCCACAGUCUCACAUCAUCUCGGGCGGGCUAGCUGGGGCCCUGGCCGCGGCCGCCACCACUCCGCUGGACGUCUGUAAGACCCUGCUCAACACUCAGGAGAACAUGGCACUGACCUUGGCCAAGGUCGGGGGCCGGCUCUCAGGCAUGGCCAAUGCCUUCCGGACCGUGUACCAGCUCAACGGCCUACCUGGGUACUUCAAAGGCAUCCAGGCACGUGUCAUCUAUCAGAUGCCCUCCACUGCCAUCUCCUGGUCGGUCUAUGAGUUCUUCAAGUACGUCCUCACCAAGCGCCAGCUGGAGAGUCGAACUCCGUACUAAAGCAGCAGGCUGUGGGAAGUUGAUUGAGCAUCUUUUGUUUGCAACGGGCUUCCUGUGGCUGCCCGGUCCCCUUGUCCUCACACCCAGGCCCGUUCUGCAGGGCACCUGCGCCAGACCCUCCGCUCCUGGUGCCUUAGAGAGAGGGGAGGACAGGAUGGUCGCUGCCCCCAAAAGCUGUCCUCAGGGACGUGUGAGUGGCGGUGGACAGGAAGGACAGGGGAAGGGGACCGAGGAGUAAGGAGUGGCUUUUUUGUCCUCCGAGAGGAAUGUGUCAGUCUCCUUCCUGGGUCCUUAGAUCACAGCUCAGGGAAGAAGACAGACAGUGGCUGAGCGUAUUAAAGGAAGAGAGUCUAUGUAUAUAAAAGUUUCAUUACACAGUCUAAAAUAGGUGGAUAAUGUUUAUCCUUUAUUUUUUCUACUUAGAAGUUUUUCAAUUUGUGUGUGUGUGUGAGUGUGUGUGUGUGCACUUGUGCGUGUCCAUAAAUAGUAUUGCAGCCAGGAUUAAAUCGAGCUGUGUUUUUUAAAGAAAUAAUAAGAGGGCUGAAUCCUCCUAUCAGGUUAAGUAAAAAGGCACCAAAGUUCUCAAGGGCUGAGUGUGGCCUCCAAUCCUGUGCAAGCCCCUCCCUCCCCAAGGUGGAAGUUUGACUUGAAUGUGAAAUAAAUACUGAGCAUAUCUUUUGAAUUUCUCUUUUAAUGGGGGAAAAAGGUACGUUGAGAAAGAAUCAUAAUGACCUAUUAUUGCAGUUUCUACAAAUUCAAUCACCUUCAUGUGCCUUUUCCCUUUGUCUUUCCAAAAAGAUUCGGGACCAAAGAUGGGGUCCUGGCACAUUUUCUUCUGCUGUGUCUACACACAUGCCAGUGCUGGGUGAUGAGGUUGGGCUCACUGUAAGGUGACCCCUGGGGUGGCGGGUCCCAAGCCUGCUGUGAUACUCCCCGCCCCCACCCCCACCUUCCCCCUGUUGUGACAUGAGUUUCUCCCUGGUCAGCACUUGGCAGCCUCGGAUACGUCAACGUUUGGCUAUUUGCUGAGAUCACCGGGAUAAAUCCUGUUAUUGUAGGACUUAUUUCUGUGUCAACUUUUUUCCCUCAGGUAACGUGUGUGUGUAUGUGUGUGUGUGUGUGUGUGUGAGAGAGAGAGAGAGAGAGAGAGACAGACAGACAGACAGACAGACAGAAAGACAGAGCGCACGCUCAGGGCUUUUUUUCACUUGUCUUGUUCAGUCAAACCUGGCACUCUAGCUCUUGAGCCACAUCUCCACUUCUAGCUUUCUGCUGAUUAAUUUGAUAUGAGCCU